UAUCGAAGUAAAUGUGGUUUCAUUCAGCAAGGGCUCUGUUGUACUGGGUUAAUGCUGAAAAGAUGGUGAAGAAAAAGGAAGAUGGUUUGGACAGACGCUGUGUCCUUGUGUUCAGACUUCUUUUAAAGCAGAGAAGUAUGUCCAGCACUUAGCUACUGAUAACCUGAUUCUUUCUAAGACUUACAACACAUAAAGAGUUCAUAUGUAAAACCAUAAAGCCACCAGUGUGAUUAAUAUUCCCUUGAGUGCAUCAAAAACAUAGUUUUUUUUUGCAAAUAGAGCCUUCAGAUCUACUUUUAUAAUAAUUUAAAAUUGUAUUUAAAGAGCAACCCACCUCUCCUGUGUCUUUGUCUUUCUACUGACCCCUCAGAGAUUUCUCAGUGUUGAUUUGUCCAGCGGACACAUGGAAAGACUUCACUUUAUUGCUCCUGAUGUGAUUGGACCGUUUGUUUCUGAGCCCUCUGGCGCCCCCAGCGGUCCAUCUUCAUUAAUGAAUAUACUGAGCUGUGUGAGAGCAGCAGUUCACUGUGCUGCUCACCUGCCGGAGGGACAGAUCACCUCCAGCGUCCUCGACUCCUGCACUACAUGAUGGACGGACGAACACCAGACUGGGCUCUUGGUCUGAUCUGAGCCACUUCAUCACUCUCUGAAGUGAUGAGUUCAGUGAUCAGUCAGUCAUCUGUUCGUCAGCUCCUCCGGGUCUCACAGGGCUCUCCAUGAGACAUGGCGCUACCUGAAAAAACCUCCAGACCAUCUGCUCCCAAGAAGGUCCCCAAGCAGCGCGCCCUGCGGCACCAGAGCCUGCCCUCCCCAGCCCUGUGCUGCGCCUGCGGCCUGUGCAUCAUGCUGGCCGGUAUCAACAUCACCCUUGUGGGAGCUUUCGCCUUUGGCACCUUCCUCCCUAGUGCUAACCCACCCAUCAUCAUCGGGCCUCUUCUCUUAAUGAUAGCCCUGGCCUUUUUCACAGCCUGCUGUGUGGUCAGCAGGAGGCCCCCGGCCCACAUGACCCACAAGGCUAAAGGUGGUGAGAAGUGGGGGCUGAUGCGGAUGGGGACGGCUGCGUUUGAGAUGGAGACGAGCGAGCACACACUGCAGGACACCACGGCCGUUCAGCUCAGCCCCACCAACUCCCCCACCUCCUCUCACAAGUCCAGCUCCAGCCACGGGGGAGACAACGCUCCACCUACAGCGUGUCAGGAUGGAGCCGCUGAGCUUCACAUAUCAGAGAUGUCUGACAUUGGAGAUAACCCCACCUUGAUCUCUGGCAGCAAGGAGGCGGCUCAGAACACUUCCUCUACGUAGCAAGGACUUUCCUCUGCAACCUGGAUGUUUGAGUGUGUAAUUGUUUUGCUGAUUACAGGGUAGAAAUGUGUCGUGCAAAACCUGAUAGUAGCUUAUUCACCGUGUUAUGUUGAAUAUUCAUUGCUCAGUCCCCAUUAUGCACAUUACAUUCCCAGAACAGGAACAGGAGAUGACACCUUAAUCCAAGUGCCUGUUUGUGUACUUAUCGUUGUAUUAAACAUCCAGUUAAGUUAGAUUAUCCUGCAGCCACACCCUAUGGAUGGACUGUGGUUGUCACCUUAUAUGUCGGGGAAAGAAGAAGAGUAUGUCGAGCCGAGCUUCUCUGACUCAUGAGAGCUGGUCCUGUGUAAACCUGGUGAACAGUUUAUUCACACACUUUGACAGAAGUGUAAUAAUGUUACUUUUUAAUUGCUUGCAUCAGCUGCAGUGAGUGAGUCAAGAUCUGUGUCAAGAUGGAAACCCAGGAACAAAAUAGUGAAUGUGUAUUUCAUGUUGUAGUGCCAUUAUUAUUAUUAUUAUGUUACUGCAGACAUUGUACUGUAUGUUUUAUAAAUAAAGCUGAACUCGUAUUAA